AUUGAUUAUAUAAAUAGAUUUGAAUGUCCUCAGUCGACUGACCUGGCGCCGCGCAAGGACCCCAAGCCGAAGGUCGAGAAGAAGUCGAAGGUGGAGGGCGACGAGAUCAUCAAGACGCGCACGUACGACCUGCACAUCACGUACGACAAGUACUACCAGACGCCGCGGCUUUGGCUCAUCGGUUAUGACGAGAACCGCACCCUGCUGAGCGUGGAGGCAAUGUACGAGGACGUGUCGCAGGACCACGCCAAGAAGACCGUCACCAUGGAGUCGCACCCGCAUCUAUCCGGACCCAGCAUGGCGUCCGUACACCCUGCCGGUGAACACGCGGAAGUGAUGAAGAAGAUAAUCGAGACAGUGACAGAGAGCGGCGGCGAGAUGGGCGUGCACUCGUAUCUCAUAGUGUUCCUGAAGUUCGUGCAGACCGUCAUCCCCACCAUCGAGUACGACUUCACGCAGAACUUCUCCAUCAACUAGUCAUCGCGCUUGGUGUAGCUUCAUUCGGCUUGUGACGCGGCGGGAGUAGCGAAUAUUAUACAGGCCUUAGGUGCCUGUUGAGUUCUUUGUCUGGUCCAAAAUUUGAUUAUGGUUUUCGUUUGGGAUGUAGAAACACGUUUUAUCGAUUAUCGAUAUCAUUGGUUAAUAUCGAUUUUUUUGGAAUUUAUUCUACGUAUAAAUACGUAAAGUGUAAAUAUACAAAAAUAAAAGAAACCUCUCGAUUUCUCUGUCAAAGUUCGAUAUCGAAAUUCGAAUAAUAUUGAUCUCUCGCCGCGUUUAGCUUCAUACGAUAGUUUUAAACUCCAUCGUUUUUUAUAAUCCAUAUUAUCCGGUUUAACUCCAGCCUUUGCCAAACUUUUGCCCCAGACCACGUGUUCGCACAAACAUUUUGUAUCGAGUGAUAGAAGCUACUUCUAUUCCUUAAAAAAUAACAUUA